AUGGAGAAGGGGUUCACAAGGUUUGGUGAGAAGUUACAUAAGAUCUCUCAAAACAUUAAGAAGAAUGAUAAGGAUAGAAGAAGAACAAAAGAUGACAGUUGCGUAGCCACGUCAUCACCUACACGGAGGAUGAUUCGUGGGAUAGAUGAUCCCUUAUUAAUUGGGAGCGUAAGUGAUAGUGGAGUCUCGAGGGGAAGGAAGCACCACCGUCGGAAAUCAGGAAAUACCAGUGCAGAAAGUGGGGAAGAGAGCAGCAGCGAUCAAUGCUAUGGUGGGUAUCUGGUCAGAGGUCGAAGAGAGCAGAUAUUACCAAUAUUUCGAACUAGUUUGGCGGGUUGUCCUGUUGUUGUAUCAAUAGAUCCUGAAUUCAACCAUCACAUCGCUAAACAAGAAGGGAGACUAGUUGAAUUAUGGUAUUUGGAUUCAUAUUCCAAGAUCUUCACUAUGGAAGGUGAAAGUAAGACAACUGCACAUGGUCUUCUCCAUAGAUACUUAAGAAGCAUUAUAUUGAAUCACUGUGGUGCAGAGGCCCUUGAGAAAAUGUUGCUUUCUCAAAUUGAAGAAUUAGUCGUAAAAGCUCUACAAACAUGGUCAAGUCAGCCUUCUGUUGAAGUGAAACACGCCGCUUCUGUUUUGAUUUUACAUUUCGGUGCAAAGCUAUUGAUUAGUUAUGAUCAUGAAAAAUCACCUCUGAAAAUGAGUGAGACGUUCGAUAAUGUUGCGGGAGGUUUUAUGGUGUUUCCCUUGAACAUCCCUAGCACUGCAUAUUAUAAAUCUUUGAAGGAUCAAACAGAGGCAGUGAACAUGCUGAGGAAAAUAAUAAAGGAGAGAAUCAAUUCACCUGAAAAUCAUCAUGGAGAUUUCCUUGAUCAAGCCAUUAAUGACAUAGACACGGAGAAACACUUAACAGAAGACAUUAUCAUAUAUUCACUUUUUGGGCUUUUAUAUACUAACUUUGACGCCAUUUCAUCAAUAAUAGCAUUCACUCUCAAGUUACUUGAGGACCAACCUAAAGUUUUACAAGAGUUGCAGGCGGAGCAUGAGGCAAUUCUCAAAGGCAGAGAAAAUCCAAGUUCCACACUCACAUGGAAUGAAUACAAGUCGAUGACUUUUACCUUUCAAGUAAUCAAUGAAGUUCUUAGGAUUGCAGCUGUUUCUCCUGGUUUACUACGAAGAGCACUGAAGGACAUUGAAUAUAAAGGAUGUACAAUUCCUGCUGGUUGGACCAUUAUGCUUGCAAAUUCUGCUCUUCAAUUAAAUCCAAACACAUACAAAGAUCCACUUGCUUUCAAUCCAUGGCGCUGGAAGGAUCUUGACCCAUUGGUUGUAUCUAAAAAUUUCAUGCCUUUUGGAGGAGGAAUUAGAAAAUGUCCAGGGGCGGAGUAUGCUAAAGCGUUCCUGGCUACCUUUCUCCAUGUUUUGGUCACCAAAUAUAGGUGGACAAGGCUCAAGGGAGGAAACAUUGCUCGUAGUCCACUUCUAGGAUUUACAGAUGGCCUUCACAUUCGUAUCACUAAAAAGAGUAGUUAAAAGACAUUCUUAUUUCUUGCAAAAUAAUAACUGGAUUUACUAAUAGGAUAUUCUAUAUUUAAAUGAGAAGUUCCGAUUUCACAAAAAAAUAAUUGGAUACUUAUCCAAAUGUACCAAUAUUUUCUUGGGUUAGAAUGUCUCUUUAUUUCAUGUGUUUU